GCAAUUGCUGCCACUGUCUCUGGAUUAGAAACCACUUGACAGAGGGGACAGCCCGGCUAAGGGCCCUGCAUGGUCAGGUGAAGAGAUCUUUAGGAGUCAGUGUUGAAGGCAGAAAACGCCCCCAGAGGUUCCCCUCAUCCCCCGUUGCAGCCUGUGUGUCUAAGCGCUUGGCCAGAGCCAGAGGGUCGCCGGCAAGAGAAACUCCGCGGCGAGCACGCAGCAGCAGAAGGGUUAACGCGCCGGGCUCCGCCUCCCAACCGCCUCUUCCGGGCAGAGAGGCGGGCUUACGUCACUUCCUGGAGACUGGUUGAAUCCGGAAGUGACCCUAGAGGAACGAGUUGUGGCUGAGGACCCCGGCGGCAGACGCAGGUUCGGGACCAUGAGCUGCCUCCAAAGAAGAUUUGCAGAUCCAAAGUUUGCCCCUCUAUAGAGAAGUAGCAAAGCACCUAAUAUAGACCAUAAUGAUUCGUGAUUUCAAGGAUGAUAGCUAUUACAGAUUCCUUUUAAAAUUGGGCAGCCCAAGAAACAGAUUGUGCCCAAAACAGUGGAGAGAGACUUUGAAAGGGAGUAUGGAAAACUUCAGCAGCUGGAAGAGCAGACCCGGAGGCUGCAGAAAGACAUGAAGAAGAGCACCGACGCCGACCUGGCCAUGUCAAAAUCUGCCGUGAAGAUAUCCUUGGACUUACUCUCCAAUCCCCUCUGUGAGCAAGACCAGGACCUUCUGAACAUGGUGACGGCCCUGGACACGGCCAUGAAGCGGAUGGAUGCCUUCAAUCAGGAAAAGGUGAACCAGAUCCAGAAGACUGUGAUCGAGCCCUUAAAAAAGUUCGGCAGUGUCUUCCCGAGCCUCAACAUGGCGGUGAAGAGGCGGGAACAGGCCUUGCAGGACUACAGGAGGCUGCAGGCCAAGGUGGAGAAGUAUGAGGAAAAGGAGAAGACGGGGCCAGUGCUGGCCAAGCUCCACCAGGCACGAGAGGAGCUGCGGCCUGUACGGGAGGACUUUGAAGCCAAGAACAGGCAGCUGCUGGAGGAGAUGCCGCGCUUCUACGGCAGCCGCCUCGACUACUUCCAGCCCAGCUUCGAGUCCCUCAUCCGAGCUCAGGUUGUGUACUACUCGGAAAUGCACAAGAUCUUUGGAGACCUGUCCCAUCAGCUUGACCAGCCAGGCCACUCCGAUGAGCAGCGGGAGCGGGAGAACGAGGCCAAACUCAGUGAGCUCCGGGCCCUCUCCAUUGUGGCCGAUGACUGAAUCCCCGUCACUCUUGGAGGACUCCUGUGACGUGGUCAGCCUCAUUCAUCCUUGCCCUUCUCAGGGCUAGCUGCUCCUCUCACAGGCUGGGGACAGAGGUGGCCCUGGUUCACUUGCCGGCCCUUUGCAAUGAAUGACUCUUCCUGAGCCUGGCACCAGGAGCCCUAGGCAGGCCGCCGUCUCCCCACUCACAGCCCCAGCAGGUAAGCAGUGUAGACAAACCCUUGGGGCUUUUUUAUUUGGAGAACCGUCCAGCAUGCAUCCUGGCCCACGGCCUGAGCAAGCUGCAGCCCUUCUGAGGCCAUGGGCUUCGUUGGCUAAGUUGGGGGUCUUAGCCUUGCACGCGUUGUGGGCAUCAAAUCUACCUCCAAAAGACCCAUCCUGGGGAGCCCUCUGGCCCCUCGUUGCCUUUUCACUUCAAAACCUCUUUUUUCUGGGAGAGGCCCUGAACCCUGUGCGGGAGAGCUGGUCCUCCAGCCCUGGCAGGCCCUCAGCCAGCUUCCCAGCAAGACAAAAGCCACCCUUGUGGCUUUGGGACCUAAGUGGUUGGGGUUCCCGAGGUCACUGAGAACUGGUACCUCGGGAACGCCAGCUGUCAGUGGAGCUGUCCCACCACACAGAAUGUCCCACAAGAAUUCACAGGUCUCAAAGCAGGAACAGUGGGUUUGUGUCUCACCUGAGUAUCUGGAAUUUUAUUUUUUCAAGUAAAAUUUUCAAUGAAACG